UGCUAAAGUUUUCAACACCAGUUGAAGAGAGGAUAUUUUGCUAUGAGAUUAAACCGACAAACUUAAAAAAACAAAAAUAUGAUCAUUUAUUUACAAAAUUAAGAAAAACAGUAUGGCACGUGAUGUGGAUUAUCCGUAGGCCUAGGUCUAACGAUCCUAUUGGGAAUACCUUGAUUUGUUGUAGCAUAUCCGAAAGCUGGGUUCAUAUAUAAGCAAGAUCGUGGCCCUGGUGGACCGUGGGUCAUUUUAUUGACGUUUGCCUAGUGCUGUGGUGACCCACAGGGUCAUGCUGAUGGAACAGGACACUCAGUGGCUGUACCACCUCCUGGCCGAGGUCCAGUUGGAGAGGUUUUACCUGCGUGUCCGGGACAGCCUCAACAUCACCCGCGUAGAGCAUUUCGCCUACGUUAAAGAGUCUGACCUCGAACAGAUUGGCAUCAGCAAACCAGGACAGAGAAGAUUAUGGGAGGCUGUGAAAAACUUCAAGAUCAGCGUGAGGCCCAGAUCGUGGAUGGCCAAGGCUUUCAGUGGGUGUGGUCCAGAGGGGGGUGAUCAAUGGGGCAGCGUGGGGUCGGGCCAGGAGAAAGGGGGGCGGGCCCUCACCUGUCUGAUCCAGGACGAUGAGCUGACUCUGGGGGAGAAGCUGGGAACGGGCUCCUUCGGCGUGGUGAAGAGAGGAGAGUGGCAGACCCCCACUGGGAGAGUGCUGCCGGUGGCAGUGAAGUCUCUGAAAAGUAGUCUUUCCAGACAGACAGACACCAUGACAGACUUUCUCCAGGAGGUGACCACCAUGCAGUCUCUUGACCACCCCAACAUCAUCCGCCUCUACGGAGUGGUGCUCACACAGCCCCUCAAGAUGGUGACAGAGUUGGCCUGUCUGGGGUCUCUGUAUGACAUGCUGCGCUCUCGCCAGCACGAGUACCCCCUGGCACGCCUCUGGCUCUUCGCCACCCAGAUAGCAGCGGGUAUGGAGUACCUGGAGGGUCGCAGGUUCAUCCAUAGGGACCUGGCUGCCCGGAACGUUCUGCUGGCCUCCAGGGAGAUGGUGAAGAUUGGGGACUUUGGUCUGAUGAGGGGCCUGAGCCAGGAGACAGACCACUACGUGAUGACGGCCCACAGACGUAUCCCCUUUGCCUGGUGUGCCCCAGAGAGUCUGCGUGUGGGCUCUUUCACCCACUCCUCUGAUGUGUGGAUGUUUGGGGUCAUUCUCUGGGAGAUGUUCACCUACUGUGAGGAGCCUUGGCGGGGGCUAUCUGGCAGACAGAUCCUCUGGCGUGUGGAGCUGGAAGGACAGCGUAUGGAGAGACCCCCUGACUGUCCUCAGGAACUCUACUCUGUGAUGAGAAAGUGUUGGGCCUGCACCCCCUCCAACCGACCCACCUUCUCCCAGCUCACCACCCUGGUCGCAGAGGCUCAGCCUUUGGAGGUGUGUGCUGUACGGGACUUUGUGGAACCUGGAAAACUCGCCCUCCUUUCCAACGACCUAGUGACCAUCAUAGACCAUAGUCUGGAGCUGUGUGAGUGGAAGGGCCAGAACCAAAGGACCUUGAUAGUGGGCUGGUUCCCCCCGAGCCUGGCUGCUCCCUCCCUCUCCGCCCCCAGCAGCGCCCCUGCUCUUCCCACCACAGCCCCCGUCGCUGCAUCGAGCCUCAUCCCGCCCCCCCUGAAGGGCAGUCUGCAGCACACGGGGCAGAGUGAGACCCACCCCGACCGUAACUGGGGCACGCCGGAAUGCCUCGACGAGAGAGUAAACUGGAGAAGAAGCCCAGCAAAUAGAGAGAGAGAGGGCGGCUCCAAUUUACAGAAAAUGUCAGGUAUGACCAGAAGUCUGGAGUCUGUCCUGAGUGGUCCCCAGAGCAGGACCUUAGGAGGGGUCAAGGUGGACCCCCGUCGUGGACCCCUCCCCAACGCCAUGGUUGCCCGCAGCGUUGUGGUGCAGCAGGAUCCCCAUCGGUUCAGCGAGGCCAGCAUCAACCCCCCACCUCGACCGCUCCCGCCCAACCUCAAACGCGUCAAGAUUCCCCAGGUGGCCUUGUUCCGAGAUCGGAGGCCUGUAAAUCCAUCCCCAGGUUCCUUGUGGCCUCCACAACCUCAAAAGAAUCCUCAGCAGCAGAUGCUACAGCCACCCCAGCCCCAGCUGCAGCAGACCAUGGGGGGCAGCGACCUGGGCAAAAUGGCCCACAUGGCAUGGUCCAAACCAGCACUGGAUGACUAUGGGGACUUGUGGCCUCCACAACCUCAAAAGAAUCCUCAGCAGCAGAUGCUACAGCCACCCCAGCCCCAGCUGCAGCAGACCAUGGGGGGCAGCGACCUGGGCAAAAUGGCCCACAUGGCAUGGUCCAAACCAGCACUGGAUGACUAUGGGGACAAGGAGAGGAAUCAAGAAAAGGAGUGGGUGGUGAGGGAUCGAGAGAGGGAGAGGUACCCGUCUCAAGUACAACACACCAGGGAAACCUUCAUAGCCCAGGUCACGGAAGCAGUGCAUGGAGUGACCAAUGAGGAGGUUCGGAACGCACUUCACUGCAAUGAAUGGAACCCUAUAAGGGCCCAGCAACAACUCAAGAUGGAGCAGCUGCACUCUCUGAGCCUGUGUUCUCGUGACGACUGCCUAAGGAUCCUGUCCCGCUAUCAGUGGGAUCUACAGCUGGCCAGCCGCUACCUGUUCAGAAUGGUACGGGAGGAGAGGACUGGAGGAGGAGAAAGGGAGAGGAGGGACGGAGAGAGAGAGGCACCCCCUGCUGCCAUGGAGAGACGAGGAGUAUGAGAGGUGUGGGGAUGGAGGGAUACUGGAAACAGAGGACAAUAAAGAUUUACGAAAUUGAAGAGGGACUGAGGAGCUAUUUAAGGAAUUUAAGAGAUGGGAUGGUUGAUUAAAAAGGAAUGGAAUAUAUAUAUGAAGUGAACCAUAAAGACAUUACAGUCCUCCAAAAUACAAUUUGUAUCCCUUUUUACAAUUCUGUUUAGUUUGUGCAAUAUUUGUCCAUUAUUAAUUUUAAAAUUAUUCAAGCUCUGUCAAGAUGUUGGUGAUCAUGGCUAGACAGCAAUGUUGAAGUAUUGCCAUAGAUUUUUAAGCAGAUUUAAGUCAAAACUAACUUGGCCACUCAUGUACAUUCACUGUCUUCUUGGUAAGCAGCUCCAGUGUAGAUUUGGCCUUAUGGUUAUUAUCCUGCUGAAAAGUGAAUUCCUCUCAUAGUCUCUGGUGGAAAGCAGACUGAAGCAGGUUUUCCUCUAGGAUUUUGCCUGUGCUUAGCUCCAUCCCGUUUUUUUAUCCUGAAAAAAUCCACAAUAUUUUCUAAAGGGAAGCAUACCCAUAACAUGAUGUAGCCACCACCAUGCUUGUAAAUAAGGAGGCAGUUACUCAGUGAUGUUGUAUUUGCCCCAAACAAGACUUUGCAUCCAAAAAGUGUAUUCAUUUGCUAUGUUUUUUUUGCAGUGUUACUUUAGUGCCUUAUUAUUUUAACUACAAUA